AGAGCGGAGGCUCGAAUCGCGCGGCGGGCCGCCCGAAGGCCCGCCUCGCCCUCCGCGGCCUACCUGGGGCCUUUCCGGUGCGCCCCUCGGCCCUCCCGCACUUCCGGAGGGAGGGGCCGCCGGGAUCCCGGCGCGCUCCUCGGCCCCGCGUCCCUGUCGUGUGAGGGCUUCUGCGGCUGCCGGGGCCGGGAAGAGGCCCCAUGUCGGACUCGGACAGCGACGAAGACUCGGCCGCCGGCGGCGCCGCGGGCGGUGGCGGCGGUGGCGGCGGCGGCGGCAACUGCGGCGGCGGCGGCGGCGGCGUAGCCGUUGGUGUUAGCAGCGUUGUUGGCGGCGGCAACGGUGGCGGUGGUGGCAACGGCGGCGGCGGCAACGGCGGCGGCGGCAACGGUGGCGGCCUCUUCUCCUUAGCCGGCUUCCUCUUCGGCAACAUCAACGAGGCCGGGCAACUGGAAGGAGACAGCAUCCUGGACAAGGAGUCUAAGAAGCACUUGGCAGGCCUUGGGGCUUUGGGUCUUGGCAGUCUGAUCACUGAAAUCACUGCAAGUGAAGAGGAAGUGCCUGGAACUGAUGGGGCCUUCGUGGAUGAAGAAGGUUGGAUUAAGAGCACUGAAGAUGCCAUAGACUAUUCUGACAUAACUGAGGUGGCAGAAGAUGAAAGCCGAAGAUACUAUCAGGCAAUGACCAGCUUGCAGCCAUCCUGCCCCUCAGACAAUGACGACGAUGACUAUGAUGCAGAUUGUGAAGACAUUGAUUCCAAGUUGAUGCCUCCCCCACCUCCCCCCCCAGGACCUGUGAGGAAGGAUGAUUGCCAGGACCCUGUUGUAUGUGCAGUAUCAGAGGACGGAGACGGCAUCAUUCUGCCCUCUAUCAUUGCCUCUUCCUCUGCGACCUCAGAGAAGGUAGACUUCAGUAGUUCUUCAGACUCAGAAUCUGAGCUGGGCCCACAGGAAACAAGACAGACAGAGUCGAAGGAGGGCAAGCUCACUCUCCCUCUGGCUGGGAUCAUGCAGCGGGACUCCACAAAAGUAUUACCUAGUGUCACGGAGCUUUUUCCCGAGUUUCGACCAGGCAAGGUGUUGCGCUUCCUUCGUCUCUUUGGCCCAGGGAAGAGUUCCAUCUGUUUGGCGGAGCGCUCGGAGAAAAAGGAAGAAAAAGCACCGAGAGCUGACGCAGAAGAGCAAAUCCAGGAAGACGAGUGCCCAGGGGACCCUGAGAUGGAGAGAAAAUCACUGUGGGCCUCUGAAUUUGCACCCCCUCCCCCUCCAGAGCAGUGUCUUUCAGAUGAUGAGAUCACGAUGAUGGCUCCCGUGGAGUCAAAGUUUUCUCAGUCAGCUGGCGACAUAGACAAAGUUACAGACACCAAGCCAAAGGUAGCUGAAUGGCGCUACGGUCCUGCCCGCUUGUGGUAUGACAUGUUGGGUGUCCCUGAGGAUGGCAGUGGGUUUGACUAUGGCUUCAAACUCAAAAGUGCAGAAGAUAAGCUGUCCACCAAGCCAAGGAUAAUGGAGAAGGAUUUGGUCGUAUUAGAGGAAGCAGGAGAUCUUCUGGCUGAUGAGAACUUCCUGAUGGUCACCCAGCUCCAUUGGGAGGAUGAUAUUAUCUGGGAUGGGGAAGACAUCAAACACAAAGGAACGAAGCCUCAGCGGGCCAGCCUUGCUGGCUGGCUUCCCUCCAGCAUGACUAGGAAUGCCAUGGCGUACAAUGCUCAGCAAGGUUUUACUGCCACUCUGGAUGAUGACAAACCCUGGUACUCCAUCUUCCCAAUUGACAAUGAAGAGCUGGUGUAUGGCCGCUGGGAGGACAACAUAAUCUGGGAUGCCCUGGCCAUGCCUCGGCUCUUGGAGCCUCCUGUCCUGACACUUGAUCCGAAUGACGAGAAUCUUAUCCUGGAAAUACCUGAUGAAAAGGAAGAGACAACAUCAAAUUCCCCCUCAAAGGAAAAUAAGAAGGAAUCGUCUUUAAAGAAGAGUAGAAUCCUCUUGGGGAAAACAGGAGUUAUUAAGGAAGAGCCACAGCAGAACAUGUCCCAGCCAGAGGUGAAGGACCCAUGGAACCUGUCCAACGAUGAGUUUUACUACCCCAAGCAGCAGGGCCUUCGAGGCACCUUCGGAGGGAAUAUUAUACAGCAUUCAAUUCCUGCGGUAGAGCUCCGGCAGCCUUUCUUUCCCACCCAUAUGGGCCCUGUCAAGCUCCGGCAAUUCCACCGUCCACCACUAAAGAAGUAUUCCUUUGGGGCCCUGUCCCAGCCGGGUCCCCACUCUGUCCAGCCCUUGCUGAAACACAUCAAGAAGAAAGCCAAAAUGAGAGAACAAGAACGCCAGGCCUCAGGUGGUGGGGAGAUGUUUUUUAUGCGCACACCCCAGGACCUGACAGGCAAAGAUGGAGACCUGAUUCUUGCUGAGUAUAGUGAGGAAAACGGUCCCUUAAUGAUGCAGGUCGGCAUGGCAACCAAGAUAAAAAACUACUAUAAACGGAAACCCGGGAAGGACCCCGGAGCCCCUGAUUGUAAGUAUGGAGAGACAGUUUAUUGCCAUACAUCUCCUUUCCUGGGCUCUCUCCACCCUGGCCAACUUUUGCAGGCAUUUGAGAACAACCUUUUCCGGGCUCCAAUUUAUCUUCAUAAGAUGCCAGAGACAGACUUCCUGAUUAUUCGGACGCGGCAGGGUUACUAUAUUCGGGAGCUGGUCGACAUCUUUGUUGUUGGCCAACAGUGCCCCUUGUUUGAAGUUCCUGGUCCUAACUCCAAACGGGCCAAUACUCACAUUAGAGACUUUCUGCAGGUUUUCAUUUACCGAUUAUUCUGGAAGAGUAGAGAUCGUCCACGGAGGAUCCGUAUGGAGGAUAUCAAGAAAGCUUUCCCUUCUCACUCAGAGAGCAGCAUUCGGAAGAGAUUAAAGCUCUGUGCUGACUUCAAGCGCACAGGGAUGGACUCAAACUGGUGGGUGCUGAAGACUGAUUUCCGGUUACCAACUGAAGAAGAGAUCAGAGCCAUGGUGUCUCCAGAACAGUGCUGUGCUUAUUACAGCAUGAUAGCUGCAGAGCAGCGGUUGAAGGAUGCCGGUUACGGGGAAAAGUCUUUCUUUGCUCCUGAAGAAGAAAACGAAGAAGAUUUUCAGAUGAAGAUUGAUGAUGAGGUGCGUACUGCCCCCUGGAACACUACAAGGGCCUUCAUUGCAGCCAUGAAGGGGAAAUGCCUCCUGGAAGUGACUGGGGUGGCAGAUCCUACAGGGUGUGGGGAAGGCUUCUCCUAUGUGAAGAUUCCAAACAAACCAACCCAGCAGAAGGAUGAUAAGGAACCCCAGCCAGUGAAGAAGACAGUCACGGGAACCGAUGCAGAUCUCCGUCGCCUCUCUCUAAAAAAUGCCAAGCAACUUCUCCGUAAAUUUGGUGUGCCGGAGGAAGAGAUCAAGAAGUUAUCUCGGUGGGAAGUAAUUGAUGUUGUGCGCACCAUGUCAACAGAACAGGCUCGCUCUGGAGAGGGGCCCAUGAGUAAAUUUGCCCGGGGAUCAAGGUUUUCGGUGGCUGAACAUCAGGAACGUUACAAAGAAGAAUGUCAGCGGAUCUUCGACUUACAGAACAAAGUUUUGGCAUCGACUGAGAUUUUGUCAACUGACACUGACAGCAGCUCAGCUGAGGAUAGCGACUUUGAAGAAAUGGGAAAGAACAUUGAGAAUAUGCUACAGAACAAGAAAACCAGUUCUCAGCUAUCGAGGGAGCGGGAGGAGCAGGAGCGGAAGGAAUUACAGCGAAUGCUACUGGGUGAGGAAGGUGCCAAUGACAAGGAAACGGGCAAGAAAGAGAAGAAGGACAAAAAGGGACUGUUGAGCUCUGGAGGCUCUCACAAGGACGAUGACACAGCCUCUGUGACCAGUCUUAACUCCUCAGCCACGGGUCGCUGCCUCAAGAUUUACCGUACCUUUCGAGAUGAAGAUGGGAAGGAAUACGUCCGAUGUGAGACCGUGCGGAAGCCUGCUGUCAUCGACGCCUAUGUACGCAUACGGACGACAAAGGAUGAAGAAUUCAUUCGGAAAUUUGCCCUGUUUGAUGAGCAACACCGGGAAGAGAUGCGGAAGGAACGGCGAAGGAUCCAGGAACAGCUAAGGCGGCUCAAAAGGAACCAGGAAAAGGAGAAGCUCAAGGGUCCUCCUGAGAAGAAGCCCAAAAAAAUGAAGGAACGUCCUGAUUUGAAGCUAAAAUGUGGAGCUUGUGGUGCCAUUGGGCACAUGAGGACAAACAAGUUCUGCCCUCUGUAUUACCAAACCAAUGCUCCACCCUCCAACCCUGUUGCCAUGACAGAGGAACAGGAGGAGGAGUUGGAAAAAACUGUCAUCCCUAAUGAUAAUGAAGAGCUUAUCAAGGUGGAAGGGACCAAGAUUGUCUUGGGAAAGCAGCUGAUUGAGAGUGCAGAUGAGGUUAGACGGAAAUCGCUGGUUCUCAAGUUCCCCAAACAGCAACUUCCUCCCAAGAAGAAACGACGAGUUGGGACCACCGUUCACUGUGAUUAUUUGAAUCGACCCCACAAGUCUAUUCAUCGACGACGGACAGAUCCCAUGGUGACAUUGUCAUCUAUCCUGGAGUCCAUCAUCAAUGACAUGAGAGAUCUUCCCAAUACCUAUCCUUUCCAUACACCAGUGAAUGCAAAAGUUGUGAAGGACUAUUAUAAAAUUAUCACCCGGCCCAUGGACUUGCAAACACUCCGAGAAAAUGUCCGUAAACGCCUCUACCCAUCCCGUGAGGAAUUCAGAGAGCACUUGGAACUGAUUGUGAAAAACAGUGCAACAUACAAUGGGCCAAAGCAUUCAUUGACUCAGAUCUCUCAGUCGAUGCUGGAUCUCUGUGAUGAAAAACUGAAAGAGAAAGAAGAUAAGCUGGCCCGCUUAGAAAAGGCCAUUAACCCCUUGUUGGAUGAUGACGACCAAGUGGCAUUCUCUUUCAUUCUGGACAACAUUGUCACCCAGAAGAUGAUGGUGGUUCCAGACUCUUGGCCAUUUCAUCACCCAGUGAAUAAGAAGUUUGUUCCAGAUUAUUAUAAAGUGAUCAUUAAUCCAAUGGACUUGGAAACUAUCCGCAAGAACAUUUCUAAGCACAAGUAUCAGAAUCGAGAUGCCUUCCUAGAUGAUGUAAACCUUAUCCUAGCCAACAGCAUCAAGUACAACGGUUCGGACAGUCAGUACACGAAAACUGCUCAGGAGAUUGUGAACAUCUGUCACCAGACUUUGGCUGAGUAUGACGAACACCUGACUCAGCUUGAGAAAGACAUAUGCACAGCUAAGGAAGCAGCUUUGGAAGAGGCUGACUUAGAAAGUCUAGACCCAAUGACCCCAGGGCCUUAUACACCUCAGCCUCCUGACCUUUUUGAUAUGAACACAUCCCUAAGUAUGUCUCGAGAUGCCUCAGUAUACCAAGAUGAAAGUAAUAUGUCUACCAUGGACACGCCAACUACCACCCCAGAGAAGCGGGGGGUACAGGAGGAAGAAGGGGAUGGUGACCUCGCAGAUGAAGAGGAGGGGACUGCGCAGCAGCCUCAGUCUAGUGUCUUGUAUGAAGAUUUGCUCAUGUCUGACGUAGAAGAUGAGGAAGAAGAUGCUGGGAGUGACGAUGAAGGAGAUAACCCGUUUUCCUCUAUCCAGCUGAGUGAGAGUGGCAGUGACUCUGACAUGGAAUCUGGUGGCAUGAGGCCCAAACAGCCCCAUGUGUUGCAAGAGAACACAAGAAUGGGCAUGGAUAAUGACGAGAGCAUGAUGUCCUAUGAAGGAGAUGCUGGUGACGCCUCUCAUGGGAUGGAGGACAGCAACAUCAGUUAUGGCAGCUAUGAGGAGCCUGACCCCAAAUCGAAUACGAGAGAUACGAGUUUUAGCAGCAUAGGCGGGUAUGACGUAUCAGAGGAGGAAGAAGAAGAGGAAGAAGAGCAACGCGGUGGGCCCAGCGUCCUCAGCCAAGUUCGUCUGUCCGAGGAUGAGGACGACAGUGAGGACUGCCACUCAAUUCCUGGAGACAGUGAUUCGGACUCUGAGGAAUGAGGCUCUUCCUUGGGACCUCCUUGAGAUUCUUAGCUUUCCCCAAGUGUGUAUAUAUUCUGUACAGUGUCUGAGCCACCAGAUGACCAUGUUAGACUUCUUUCUUUUUAAAUUAUUCCGAAAUAAUAAUAAACCUUCCCUCCCAGCCUUACUGGGUUGGAUGUCAUCGUUUUAUUUUCUUUUUCCCCCUUUUUUUUUGUGGGGCAGUGAGGGUUAAGUGACUUGCCUAGGGUCACACAGCUAGUAAGUGUUUGAGGUCAGAUUUGAACUCAGGUCCUCCUGAAUCCAGGGCCAGUGCUUUUUCCACUACGCCACCUAGCUGCCCCCUCACCGUUUUAUUUUCAAAACUUUCCUCUCCAUCUUCUCUCAAACUUCCCUUCCUCUUCUUCUGGCUUCAUUUCUCAGCAUUGGUCAAAGGGCAUGGGGGUAGGUGGGACAUUUUUGAAUAACUAACUUGCUUGAGGUGCUUUUGUCCCUUACCCUGAACAAAUUAAGCAUCCUGUGCCCUCAGACGUUCCAGCUAAGCCCUUGCCUCCACUCCCUGGUUGGAACAUAGAGCCCACUCCUGCAAGGCUAGCCUUUUAUUUCCCCCCUUUCAACUCCUUAACACGACCCGAAAAUGGCUGGUUCCCAAGUUGAUUCACUCUUCUUCCACCCCCCAUCUCUAUCCAGCCCACCCUAACCCCUGCAUUCUCAACAGGAUGAGCUUGACUCAGUAUUGAGAAGUUAUCUGAGAUUCGUGCCUUUCCUUCCCUCUUCUCCCCCCCCCCCCCCCUUAGUUCAAAGCCUCUUGGUUUUCACUUACGCUCUGGACUCAGAGGAAAUUGCCUCUUCCUUGUGUGUCCUCAACUUAGUUUCCCCUGCCUUCUUCUGGACCUCAUUUUUUACCCAUCAUCAAACACCUCUCACACCUUCCUGCUAGCUCCUUUACCCACCAGGGUGCUCAAGUCUCCCAUGUCCUGAAACAAAACAAAACAACUCCAAACCUUUCCCUGGGCCUUGCUACUGUCUCUCCUUCCUUUUGUUGGCAAACUUUUAGUAAGAAUAAGAAUAGCCUACAUUUAUUACCUCACUUCCUCCCCACCCACUCAUUUCUUUUCUCAACUGGCUUCUAGCCAUUCAUUCAAAGGUCAACUUUGUUCCUUUUAGCCAAUUCAUUGGCUGCUUCUUAGUCCUCUUUCUGCUUGAUCUGUCUCCAUUUGUCACCAUUGGCUACUGGAGCCUCCUUUGACUUCAAUGACACUAUCCUGUCUCUCCCUUGAUCUCCUUUUAUAGCUCCCUAAAUGUCAGGUGCUCUCCUAAGCUUUGUCCUCAGACUCCUGCUAUUCAUUCUCUUCAUUCUCCUUCAGAAAUCUUGGAUGUUCCUAGAGCUUCAACUAUCAUUUUUAGGCUUAUGGCUUUCAAUUCUAUCUCUGCUGCAAACCUCUGCUGAGAUGCAGGCUGGCAAUUGAUACCUGAAGCUCAAAAACAUUGCCCCCAAUGGGAAGGAAACAGGGCUUCCAGCUAAACCACAAACCAAUAUCUAUGAGGUUUUCUUUGUUCCUUAAGAGGUCCUGACCUUCGAGCUGUUGGAGUGACAAUCCAGAUGUAAAGAAACAGUGUUAGGUAAGUCUAGGUCUAGGCUAAGGCUAUGAGAGUAAGUCCUUUAGGCCUCGAAUAAUUUCUUUUAUACACAUCCAAAACAGAACUCCUCUUUUCUCCUUAAACCUGUCCUGUUUCCUUUGUCUAUGAAUGAUACCAUUAUAUCAUCUUUAUCACUAAAGAUCCAAGCUUCUUAUCUUUGACUCUUCCACCCUGAACAUCUAAGCAAGCUGCUACAUUUUCUGGCCCCUCCUUUUCAUCCCCAAUGCCACUACCCUAGUCCAUUCACCUUCCCAACCUUGCCUCCAGUCUCCCUUUUCCAAUCCAUCCUCCCCGUGACCAUCAUCUUUCAGCUCUGAUUACGUGACUCUUCAUUAACUACCAAAGACAUUUUAGACUUAGUUGUGAAGGUCUCUUUAUCUGCCUUUUUUCAUAUGUACCUCCCGUGUGCCCAGAAUGCAUCCUGUUUUUAAAUAUAUGUUUAACAAUAAAAGUCAUACUGAAGUUAUGAGUAUACUGGCUGUUUUUAUAUAAGUCCUGCCCCAAAAUGAUCCUCUGGCCAAAUUGGAUUAUUAGAAGUAGAUAACUGUUGUGGGCAGGAUGCCUGUGUCACUGUACUGAGAGGAUGGUGAGGUUGGGGUGGACUGGAGAUUGGGGCUUGAGAAGAGUGAACCAAGUCUAAAGCAGCAACUUUGGGGAUGUGAUAAGGAGUCAAAAAGCUAAGUUUAAAAGGCCAGCCAUGUAGGAGAGGGUCUCUAUGUCCUGCUAGAGUUUGAGGCAGGGAGUAACUUAGAAAAUCUGAGGACAGGGCAUGCACUUAAAGCAAGCUAAUCCUACCCCAGGCUUUGAUUACUGAAACCACACUCCUUGGCAGAGGGGGAAGAAGGAGGGUAUGAAUUCAGAACUGAAAAUGAAAGAAAGAAAGAAACCCUACCUCUAGAUCAAGGUCUAAUUCACAUCAAAUGAGAUUAGAUUUGUAACAAGCACUUAGCACAGUGCCUAGCACACAGUAAGUGCUAGAUAGAUGCUUCUUCCUUUUCCCUGUGCCUGCCCCACCCCAUUCUACCUGCUUUGUGCUAUUUCUCCAUAGCUUGUUUGUAAUCAUGUUGGAUUUUGUACUGUAGCUAUUUGUGUACCUGUCUUACCUUGCCUAGUGAAUUGUAAGUUCUAUGAGGACAGGGACCGUGUGUCUUUUAUAGCCCCUAGCAUAAAAUCCAGUGCCUUGUGCCUCAUAAUAAUGAUAGGUGCCUAAUAAAUGCUUGUUCAACUGAA